CGAAAAUGAUUGAUCAGGGAAAACAUUUGAUACCAUGGAUGGGCGAUAGCGCAUUGAAGAUAGACAGGUGUUGUCUCGGCUGUGAAAAAACGCGCAGUGUGGCAGCGCGAUUUAUGCGCUCUGCACGGGCGCAGAAUCAGGUGCUCUCGUGACGCGGCGCUUAUGGCUGGCCGUCUAUGCAACAGCAAGGUGAGACACGGUGUAGAGAGACAAAUGGCAGCUGACGGUUGUAGGUAUUAUACGACCGCUCAGCACGGUAUGUAUUAGAACAUUAGACUCGGCUUUGUCUCAGGAGCGCAUAGGUCAUUCUUACGUACUCACAAGUAUACUGUAUCAAUUUGUCGAUGCUAUCUAAACACGUGUAUACGCAUCCAAUUUUGUUUGUAUCCAUACUGGAGUAACACUGAACAAUAUUUAUGCUUUGUUGUAUUGAUUUUUAACAUACUAUGUCAGAAAAGAUCCGCAUAUGUUUAAAGAUCUCAGAAAUUUAAAGAUUAAUAUAAAUCAUCUUAUAUUAGAAACAAUAUACAAGAUACUUUCAAGUUUUAUAUAUAUUGUUACUUAGUUUGCAAGACAAAACAGCAACGGAAAGAACAUUGCGCAAGGUGUCCUCGACAACUCUUAUUUUAUUUCAGAGAAAUUAUUUUGGUGGAGUUUACCUCCUCGAUUUAAAUUUACAGAUGCUGUGGCCAACUGUGUCUACAUCAAUCUAAAACGAUAUCAUCUUCCUUCUCUAAUGAUUGUAUUGUAUGUGUAUAGAUACGAUGGACGAGGGGCACUGGCUGACUUACGGAUUCAUGAACCACCACCAGGUGGUUUCGAUCAACGAACGAUAUUUACCGAGGAAGAAUUGAAAGUAGAGCAUCUAUGUGACGAGGAGCGCUAUCAAUCUCUCUACAACAAUGAUGCCGAAGAAUCCAUGUAUCAUGAAGAAGAAAUAAAAAGACUACAUCAAGCAUUGGAUUCUGAAUCUUCGUACAAUCAAGUAGGAUUUAAUUAUAAUGAAGAUGAGAACAAUCAGAAGGCUUCUGGCGAGGACUCUCAGAGUCCAAAACAAUCGGAAGACUCGCAAGAGGAAGAUCAGGCGUUUGUGCCACCUCCUGAGUUGGAAAUCCCCGAAGGAAUGAUUCUGCCAGAAACACAGAAAUUGAGUGCCAUUAUAACGAAAACGGCGCUGUUUAUAAGUCAACACGGAUGCCAAUUGGAAAUCUUGAUAAAGACGAAACAGGCAAAUAAUCCGCAGUUUGCGUUCCUAUCGAUAGACGAGCCGCUCCAUCAGUAUUACAAGUUUCUCCUCGAUGCUAUCAAGAAUGGAAAAUAUAAUCCCGAAAAGCAGCCUGAGAAAGAAGAAACCGAACCUGAGGAAGAGUCAGACCAAGAUGACGAAUCGUACCUGCACCCAAGUCUUGCGCCAUCAUUUACCAAGAUUGAAGCGGCGCCUAGCAUACCGAGCAUACAAUACAAACCAUCAGCGGAUUGCGCGUAUUCCAUGCUCGUGAAUAAGAUUACGGGAAAACCACCACCAUCCAAGGUACCACAGAUAUUAGACCCGACGAUGCAACCAAUGCCGCCGUCUGCUGGAUACUAUCCUCCACCACUGCCACCACAGAGAUAUCCUGCACCUCCUUAUCCUACGCCUAUGCAAUACUCGCACGGUCCAGUUAUAUAUGGACCAAAUGGGCAAAUGCAAUCGCCUUCGCAACUCGUCAGCAUGCCAACCAUAUCAAACGAGAUGGCUAUGACACAAAUCACAACAGUUAAAGAAACACCAUUGCCCUUGGUUCCAUAUGGGAUACCUACGCAAAAGCCACUCAGUAGACCUUCCUUUAUUGUACCACCGGCGGACGUGCAAAUCAUCAUCGAUAAGAUGGCGAGUUAUGUGGCGAAAAAUGGUCGUGAUUUUGAGACAAUCGUUAAGAACAAAGGAGAUUCUAGAUUUAACUUCUUAGAGCUAUCACAUCAGUAUCACGGUUAUUAUGCGCACAAGCUUACGAUGUAUGAAGGUGCGACAAAUCCGAAGGUGUUGACGGAAGAGGAACUGCUACAGAAGCAAGAACCGCAGGAGGAAAAACAAAAAAAGCUAGAGGAAUUGCAGAAAAAGCAGCAGCGAAUGGAAGAGGUGCAGAAGCGGGUGAAGAUGAUACAAGCGAAGAAAAAGAAUGGUGGCGACACAAAGACGAAACAGAGCCCCACAAAACAGAUCACCACCGUAUCGUUUUCUAUCAAAAAGCCAAAAGAUGGAGAGAGCACGGUGAUCGAGAAGAGAAACGCGUUACCGUUGGAGGAGAGUGAUGAAGAGAUGGACGACGACAAGAAGGACACGAAUUCUAAACCCAGUUCACCUCAGAGUAGCAAUGCCGACGUGAAUGCUUCGAUCCCCGCGAUUGAAGACAAGGAUCCACCGAAACCAGAUAAAAAACCGAAGAGCGACGACAAAGAAUUGGUGGAUCUGACCGAUGAUAUUCUCGAGGAUUGUCAGAAGGAAAUCAGGCACAAACAGGCGCAGGAAGACAGACUCAAGGACAAGUUGAUGGCAGCUGCGCGAGAUAAGCUACUAUCCAAAGAACGACAGUUGCAACUUGAAAGGAAAAAGAAAGCGGCCAUCUUUCUUAGUCAUAUCCAGGCACCAACAUCCAAGACUGGUUCUACUACUGUUACGGUGAAUCAAAAUUCGCGAAAAGAUGACUCGGAUGAAGUGCACUCCGUACCGUCGCCGCUUCUCGUCGAAGAAAACAAAGAUAGAUCUUCGCAGGAUACGAAAAUAUGCGGGAAUUCCUUGAUGGAUCGGCUAAAAAGCGCAGACUUGAGCGGCAAGAGGUCGCGACAGCGUUCCCGGAGUCGAAGCGGAAGUCGUACGGACCGGCAUAAGCUGCACAAAAAACAUAAGAAAAAGAAAAGUUCUCAUCGAAGCAGUUACGAUAGCUCCAGUUCCUCGCGCUCGCAUCGUUCCAAGAAGAGCAAGAAAUCGUCCUCGCACAGAUCGCGAUCGCGCAGUCCCUCGCAUAGACACCGACACAAUGUACGACGGCGAGGGAGCAACACAAGCUAUUCUGACUCGAGCUCGCCCUGAUGACACCUUUCCGCUUGAUUCAAAUAAGUUUGUAUCAAGCAAUCUUGUAUAUACGCACACAAAAUGAAUAUAUAAUAAUAUAUAAUAUAUUAUAU